AUGGGUCUGGUUUUCUCAAACCAACAAGGUUAUGAUCAAUCUGGAAUUUCAAGGAAAGGAUCUGAAGACACUUCAGAUCAACAUUGCACUAUUUUCUUCGAUAAGGAAAAGGUGGAGCUGGUAGAAGGUGGAACCUUUUGGUUGUCAGAGUCACCUUCAGUUCCUGGAAGCAUGUCCUGGGGGUCUGCAAUAGUAAAUACAAACAUGGAUGAGUUCAGUCCUCGUGCUCGCAGGCGAAGUGCUUUGCUCACAUGGCAGCAUAUUGCAUCCUUACCUCCUAGCUUGCCUGUUCUGUAUUGCGGAGGAUUUAAUACACAAAAGGAAUCAACUGCAGGACGAUUUCUUCUUGGGAGAUCAAGGUAUCAUGUUCAGUUGCAUUAUGAUGUCUAUGAUAUUUCAAGUGCGACAAACUAUGAACUCUGCAGCACUAGUAUACUCUUUUUACUGUAUAUUUGCAAUCAAAGCAAAUGCCACCUUUCUAUUUCUGUUUUUCUUUGUCCUGUUUCUUUUGCAUUUGAGUCAUCUUAG